CUUGCCUUGACAGUUCCGGCUGCACGGCCGCUUGACUCGUGGCAAUGUGGAGUGUACCAGCAUUUGAUGUCGACUUGCCUCUUCAGGUCGUAGAUGCGCUGGGGCUGAUGUUGGCAGCUUGGGUGUGGUACCAUAUUUUCCUGCUCGCAUUGGAUGCAAGCCCUGCGAGUCCGUCGGGGCAUUUGACCCUUGAGACGUUGCUGACUCUCCUGGGGCUCGAGGCAAGCCCGAAGUGGAGAUGGCCGUACGAGGCAUUGUGCCGGCUGUUCUGCAAGCUCAGAGGCCAACGCCGCAGCUGCAGUGCCGAGGAUAGCUUUGAACGAGAAGCCGAUCUGGGAGGUGACGAUUCAGAUUGCUCCCGCCGCUGGCCGGGGCUCGAAUUGCCCAGUGAGCCGAUCGGAACGUUGGAGCAGGUGCACCAGCAGCCUGCGCUGACGUCAGGACAUCCAGCUUUUCCCAGCGCGAGGGCACUGGGACCCAGCCUCGAGACCGAUCCGUCUGAGCCCAGUGCAGAGGCUGACAUGGACAGUUUGCAGUCCCAGGUCAGUGGUCCGUGCGAGUUGCCAGAGUCUCUGGAGCCUGCGUUUGCAGAAGCGCCUCCAGGCUUGGAGCUGGCUGAGCCCGACGCGAGUCGCGAAGUGUCCAGCGAAGAUGCGGCCGACCUCAGCACGGAGGGUUGCACAGCCCACACGGGCACCGACGAUGCAGACGAUAUGGGGAACAGCGCUGCAGCGGAGUCGAGCAGACGAGAUGAAAGCCCGUCGGCGACGGAGGCGUGGAAGCCAAGCUUGAGAGCAACUGCCCGAAGCUUUCUCCGAAAUGAGGAUCACUCGUCCAGGUCAGGCUACUCAUUUUACAAACGAGAGCGGCGCCGUGAUUCAUUGACCCGAUAGAGGUGCGUGACCUAUGUUGCGCGUCUCCCUUUUAGGGUGCGUACGCCAAGGGUUCGACGCGCUCGCACGUUUCGGAGAUCGAAGAAAGAAUCCAAAGGGAUUGCCGGUGUACAUAUCUUGCCGAGAUCAACGUUUCAGAUCAUUUGAAUACGCCGAG